UGUUGCUUUGUUAGAUAAGCUCCAAACGGUCUUUGUGAGAGGCAGCACCAGAGACAGGAAAGCAGGCGGGGAGGGAGAGCCGGCGGACAGGCGGGCGAGAGGAGAUAGAUAGACGUGAGGGAGCCAAGAGGGGCGAGCAGGAAGAUGGUGUGCGUCCUCGCAGCGGCCGCCGGUGCGGGCUGGUGUGGGCUGAACGCGAAGAUGCAGUCAUGGGGGAUCCAGGCGCUUCCACUCCUUUGUGCAGCAUGAGCCAUGAGCCAAAGUCACCAUCCUUAGGAAUGAUCUCCACGGCAACACGUACAACGGCGACGGUCAGCCCUCUCACCCCGUCGCCUCUCAACGGCUCCAUCGUAGCCAAUGGAAGCCCAGCUGCCCAAUCGGCUCACUCUGGAUUCGCUGCAGCCCUCCGAAAACUGGCAAAACAGGCAGAAGAACCACGAGUCGCCUCCUCCAUCAGCAGUGAAUCUUCCCCAGUGUCCUCGCCAGCCACCAACCACAGCUCUCCAGUCAGUACGCCCAAGAGGGGUCCUCUUGGUCCAGGGCCUGUCCUGGUCCCCCCAGCAGGCCACAGCGUGCCAAACACGCCACCCGUCGUCACAAUUGCUCCGACCAAGACUAGCAACGGCCUCUGGAGGAGUGAGGGACGCCAGGCUGAUUCGGGGCCUCGUGGGAGCAGCAGAGAACGGCUGGGUGCGGAGGGGACCCUCCCCCAGGAAAAGGGCCCCUCAGUCCCAGCCCACCUCCUGGGAAAUCCUUAUGCCUUUGGUCUCCCCCCUGGCGCUGUGAUGCAGGAUUCACGUUUCCAGCCCCUCAACCUUCCCAGACAACUGACUAAUGCCGUGCCGCCUGGUCCUGUACCAGAAGAGUACCUCCGUGGUUUUAGGCCCUAUGCCACAACUGAGGAUGCCCUCCGGAUGCCCUCUUUGCCACUGGGUCUGGACCCCGCCACUGCAGCUGCCGCUGCGGCAUACUACCAUCCCAGCUUCCUGCCCCACCCCUCUUUCACCCCAUACAGGAUGGAUGACCCGUUCUGCCUCUCUGCUUUGAGGUCACCUUUCUAUCCGCUACCAGCAGGGGGCGCCUUACCCCCCAUCCAUCCAUCUGCAGUCCAUAUGCACUUAUCGGGGGUCCGCUACCCUGGAGACUUCACGCACCCUUCACUUUCAGCACUGCAGUCUGAGAGGCUUCAGCUGGAGGAUGAGCUGCGUCAGCGCGAGAGGGAACGGGAACGGGAGCGGGAAAAGGAGCGGGAGCGGGAGGCUGAGCGAGAGAAGGAACGGGAGCGCGAGAGGGAGCGAGAACUGGAGCGGGAGAGAGAGCGGGAGCGGGAAAGAGAGCGAGAGCGGGAACGGGAGAGAGAGCGAGAAAGAGAGCGGGAGAAGGAGAGGGAAAGAGAGAAGGAACUGGAGAGGCAGAAGGAGAGAGCGCUUCGGGAGAAAGAGAUGCAAGCCUCCAAGGCUAUGGAGAGCCACUACCUGGCGGAACUCCACGCCAUGAGAGGGCAGGAGGAGCGAACCAAGCCAGAAAGGCUCACCCCUAAUCGGGCCGAUAAAACCAAAGAGCCCCCACUUCCAGCUCCAAAACCAGUCCCGCCGGGACUCCACCCCGCAAUGGUACAGUCGCAUCAUACGGUCCCCGGCCUGAUCUCGGGCCACGGCCUCUACAUGGGGCCUGGCGCCGUGGGGGCGGGUCUCCCGACCUCCAUAAUUGCUCCCAGGAACAAUGAGGAGGAGAGGUGGCUGGCAAGGCAGCGCAAGCUGCGGCAGGAGAAAGCGGAUCGCCAGUACCAGGUGUCGGAAUUCCGCCAGCAGGUUCUGGAACAGCACCUGGACCUGGGACGGAAUCCUGACGUGCCAGAACACAGAACAGACUUGCACAGACCAAAUAACCACGAACCAGGAAGCCGAGACCUCCAUUCCCACUUAGGUGCCCCUCCGCCGCUCAUCUCCCCCAAACCCUCCCAGCCCCCACGCGAACAUCACCCCCCACCUCCCACGACUCUGUGGAACCCGGCAUCUCUAAUAGAGACCCCCUCAGAGUCCCGGCGCACCCAUGACCCCUCGGGGAUGGGACACUUUGAGGUCAGUAGGCUACCGCCUGGCCCCUCUAAGUAUGAGGACGGGGCCAGGAGGAGAGACAGUGGAACAAUGGAGAAGUAUCUUCACCCGAGGGGGCCGCCCGGCCUGCCGGAGCCCAGCACGUUCCUUGCCGAUCUGGAGAAAUCCACCCACUCUUUCUUCAGCCAGCAGCGGGCGUCCAUGUCGCUGAGCAGCCAGUAUGAAAUGGAAGGAGCAAUCAAAAGCAGUUCCGGACUGAAGGCCCUCCAAGGGCACAGUCGUCACGGACAAGCAGUUGCCAUGGUGUCUGGGUCAGGCGUAGGACAGCUGGCCUCACAGGAAACGGUGCCAGACACGAUGCUGAUCUACGACGAAGUUCUUCAGCAGCACAGAAGGCCGGUCAGUAAACUGGACCUGGAGGAGAAGAGGAAGAGGGAAGCCAAGGAGAAAGGUUACUACUAUGAUCUGGAUGACUCCUAUGAUGAAAGUGACGAGGAGGAAGUGAGGGCACAUCUCAGAAGGGUUGCAGAGCAGCCCCCACUCAAACUUGAUGACUCCACGGAGAAAUUGGACUUCCUGGGAAUGUUCAGCCUGACCACUGUGAGCCGGCGGGAGGAGCUGGUGCAGCAGAAGAGAAGAAAGCGGCGGCGGAUGCUCAGGGAGCGCAGCCCCUCGCCAGCUGCCUCGCAGUCCAAACGCACUCCUCCUCCCCCGCAACUCAGCACGCGCUUCACCCCUGAGGAGAUGGACCGAGCGCCAGAGCUGGAGGAGAAGAAGCGCUUCCUCACCAUGUUCCGACUUUCCCACGUCACACUUCAGCAGAGACGAGAUAAAGAAAGGGCGGUGGAGCUGCUUCAAGCCAUUAAAGAAAAGAGCAUAACCUUGGACACCAUCAGACAUGCUCCUCAUCCGCUGUGCAAAAGCCCCCCGGCGCAGGUCACAGAUUUGGCGUGCUCCCAGCCCCCCUCGGAAUCUGAAGACCACCACAGUAUCAAGCCGCACAGCCCCCCCUCACACUGCCCGUCGUCUCCGUCCCCCAAUGGCCAUCCAAAACCCCUCGGGGACACGCUAAGACCAAAGGAUCCUCCUUCUCCAGCUGUCUACCCCGACAAGGCCCGGGGGCCUGCCGAGGGGCCGCUCUCCAAGAGGAGUUCCAGCCUGCUGAACAGCUUGCGGCCUCCGCUCCCCCUACAGGCUAAGGAGGGCGUCCACGGCAUAAACGGACGCACCAAGCCGUGGGACAGCUUCACGCCGGAGGAAUUUGCCCAGCAAUUCCAUGAAUCGGUGCUGCAGUCGACUCAGAAGGCGCUGCAGAAACACAAAAGCGGGGCUGCCGGGAUGUCCGAAUCGUCCCCCCUGCAGGAGUCCUCUGUCCAUUACAACAUUCCCGAGCUCCAGGGCGCCCCCGGCAGGCCGCCUCCGCCCGCGCAUUCCCAGUCCCACUCGGGCUCGCAUCAGUCGGCUCUCGCACCGGCGCACGCUCCUCACCCUCAGCCCAACGGGCAGCACUUCUCCGCGCCGCUCCGCCGCGACGCCUCAGGGACGAGGGAGGAGCCGUCCGCCUCGGAGGAGGACGACGACGACGACGACGAGGGGGAGGAGGAGGCGGCGCCGGCUUCCAAGUGGCAAGGGAUUGAAUCCAUAUUUGAAGCUUAUCAGGAAUACGUUGAAGAACAAAGUCUGGAGCGACAAGUGUUGCAGAACCAGUGUCGACGGCUGGAGGCUCAAAACUACAACCUCAGUCUGACUGCUGAGCAACUUUCGCAUACCAUGGGGGAGCUGAUGUCCCAGAGGCAGAAGCUGGCGGUAGAAAGGGAGAAGCUGCAAGCGGAGCUGGAGCACUUCAGGAAGUGUUUGACUCUGCCGCAGAUGCACUGGCCCAGAGGCGGACAUUACAAGGGCUACCCUCCCAGGUGACAUCCCCCCUCCUCCCGCAAAAAUAACAAAAGAAAAAUCCAACAUCCGACCCCCCCCUCCCCAAGAUACUUCUCCACUCAGACUCAAGGUAGAUUAUCCCGAUCGCCUCGCCUCCGUGGCGGAGAAGAAGUGCUGACCGAAGAGCGAAGAAAGGGGCAAUCGGCGCCAUGACCCAACGUCUGCCAACGUAGCCCCCACACGAGCUCGGCCGACGCUUGUCACGCGCUCUUCUUCUUUCGCCGCCGCCCCGAAACACAGACAAUCCUGCCAACGAGGGAGAAGGAGACGCUCCGAAAGUCCAAAGGAACGCUUGCGGCCGGCCAGGAAGUGAAGUCACGGCGUUCCGGCUUGGACGUGCACUUAUGAAUAAUAGCUGAAGAACUACCUGGUGGUACAACUGUGUUACAACAAAAGACAGAUUGGAAUUUGGACAGAAUGUUGAAAUGCACAUUUUAGGGGAUGGGGAGUAAUUAAGGAAAUGUUUUAUUUCAAAAUAGGAACAUUUGAGAAUAAGAAUUUUAAAAAAAGGGGCUUCAGCCUUAUAUUGUAUAUAAUAUGAAGACUUAAAAAGAAUUUUGUAAGUUUAUUAUUUUAAUCAUUGUUCUUUUAAAAGUUAAAAAAAAAUAAGCCUGCCAUUUUCUUUUUAUAUAUGUUUAUGCUUUUUGGGGGGGAAGAUGGAGGGUUGGGGAGGGGGGGGGUUGCAAAAUACAGCCUUGCUUUUAGUGUUUGUACUGCUGCUGGCCAGAACAGCUUGAGAAAAAAAAAAAAAGAAAAACAACACGGGAUGUCCACGGGGUGAACUUUCUUCUGAGGUGCCGACGCGCCCCCCAGCCCCCGCCACCUUUUUACUCACAGCGUAGCGUCGACGUCCAUUUCAGCUCCUCGACUCAAUGUUUGCCUCUCGCUGGCGUGCCGCACACGAACCCGUUUUUUUUUUUGUUGUUUUUGUUACUUGAUUCGUAGACAUGAAGUGGCCGGCCGACGUCGCCGGUUUUUGAAGACUCCUCCUCACACGCGUCGAAAUAGCAUCGAGAAAGAGGCCCGAGCCUUUUCAUCCACAACCACGAGGGGCUGAGUGCCAAACGAUACAUUUCAAAUUCAGAAUGAUUUCGCCAAAACAAAAACGAAAAAUAAGCUAAGCUCCUCCCACGUCCAAGGAACCUCCCCAAUUAUCUAAUCCGUUGCCAACUUGUAAUAAACUAAAAAUGACGCAUGAAUUUGUGUUUACAGUCUCCUCUGUGGCUCCGCCCAUACUUGCAGGAACCAAUCAACGUGCACGGAUUGCGGAUUUCAUCCGUCCGGAUGACGCGCGGAAGGAAAAUCAGCCAAACGGAAGCACAACACCCUCGUUAUGAGCGUAUGAAUAAGUGCCUCGUUUAUUUAAGACCCUCGUCGAUCAAACUGUAGCUCAAACGUUUCCCGUCCGUUCGUUUCGCCCAAACUCAAAAGUCGGGAGCAUCCCAGCCCGUUUGUUUGGGGAGGGGGGCAGGUGAGCGCGAGAGGACGCGGUCCGCACUGUGACCCCCCUCCCCGCCUCAUCGGAGGAUGUCUUGAUUCUGUGAAAUCCUGUUUUCGGAAAAAAAAAAAAAAAAAAUGUUGGUUUGAAUCCAUUGUAAUGUAAUAUAUUCUUUGUUGAAUGUAGUAAUUAGGUAUUUAUGAAUAUAUGGCUGUGAUUUCAGACAAAAAAAGAAAAUAAAAUAUUUCAAAAAUGUUCAUAUACCUCGGUCUC